AUGACAGCAUCGAGCUCAAUAACAAUUCAAGUAAAUAACGGUGAGACGCCUUUUUAUGAAGAAUUAGAGAAAUAUAUUAAUUCACUAAGUGAAAAAUUUCAGAAAAAAAGUGUAUUCAAAGAAAAAGUAUAUGACGAUAUUGUUAAAUGUUUAUUAUUACCGAAAGGUAAGUCAUCAGACUUGUAUUCGUCAAAAUUUAUUUAUUGGGUAAAACAUAAUUUUGUCUUGAUGAAAAUUGUCGAUAUUGAUAUUGUUUGUUGCGUUAAAUCUAAAAAGCCAAUUUGUAUCUAUGAAGCAUUCUAUAAUGUAAUAAGUGAAGGACAUGUUACUGUUUCACAUGGAGGUCGUCAUAAAACAGUUUCUGUACUUAAUUCUCACUAUUCAUGGAUACCACGAUUUUGUGUUGAAAUAUUUUUAAAACAUUGUAUACCGUGUCAAACAAGAAAGCCGAUUAAACAACAUAUUGUUUCGAAACCAAUAAUAUCAUUAGGUGUGAUGACAAGGCCACAAAUUGAUCUGAUUGACAUGAGAACCAGACCAGACACAAUGGUUCCAGAUAUCGUUUAUAAUUGGAUUUUAAACUGUAUCGACCAUUUCAGUAAAUUUUCUUUGGCAUUUCCGUUGAAAAAUAAAUCUGCUGAUGAGGUUGCAAUGAAAUUACGAGAGUUGUUUUUUGUUUUUGGACCACCACGAUUGCUUCACAGUGAUAACGGACGUGAGUUUAUUGUUAAUGUGAUAACUGAAUUGAAGAAAUUGUUUCCAGAUUUGGUUUUUGUCAGAGGUCGACCACGUCAUCCACGAAGUCAAGGAUGUAUUGAAAGGGCCAAUGGAGUUUUAUGUGAUGCACUCGGAAAAUGGAUGCCAACAAAUAAUUCUUCACACUGGUCAGAAGGUUUAUUACCAGUCAUGUAUGGUAUUAAUACAAGAAUAUCAAGUGUUACCAAAACAACCCCAUAUCAAGUAAUGUUUGGACAACCACCUCGUUUAGAUUCAGAAUUACUGAUCUUCUUACGCCUACUUCCCCUUUAUCAAGACAUGAUUAUAUGUAAAGCUGCCACAAAUACAGAUAAAUUUAAUUUAAAUGAUUGUGUUGGAGUUCCAACUCAUACGGUUGAUAGAACAAAUACCGAUGCUAAAUAUUUACCAUGUUUAAUUGUUGAAAAAGUUGAAAAAGAUAAAACCGUUGUGUAUAAAUUAGCUUGUCAAUAUGGUAAAUUAGAAAAUACUUUCACAAUUGAACAUUUUGUUGAUUUAAAAUCGGCAUGUCCAGAAGAGUUAAAACAACUUGCCAUAGAUGAUCUAAAAGACAUUACAAUGAUUGAAGCAUGUAAACUUUAUGUUCGAGGAUGGCCGUACAUGAGACUGGAAGGCAAAAUGUGCUACGAAACAAUGUGCAUGUAA